AUGGAAAAUGAACUUACACUGCUAAUUAUAGUUUAUCCCAGUGAGUUCACAGGAGAGCCGUACGACAGUGAUAAGGAGGAACAGUUACCUCAACAGCAGACACCUACACAAAGGCCUACAGAACCAGAUGAACAAUGUGUACAGGUAUUCUUCAAUUCUGGAGACCAGCCAAUACAUCCAGGAAGCUUGCUGUCUGUGUAUACAACUGUACCAGGUUCACUAGUCAUUUCCAAAAAUCCAACUGUUGGACCUCCGCUAUUAAGAGUAGGUGAACUGAUGCCUGUGCAUUCUCUUCCAAUAGCUAGUUUACCAGUCACUUCAAUUACAGCUGAUGACUAUCUAUAAAAGCAUUUUGAAGCUGAUUAGUUUUAAAAGGAUCAAAACCAUUUGAUUUUUAUUGUCGAACUUAGACAAUCAUAAUAUACUGUGAUAUUGUU